AUGGUUUAUAGUUCUGUACAUGCUCCGGUUUGUUUUGUCUUGCAGCAGUACACCACCACGCCGCACCCCACCAACCCCAACGAGACCAUCCUGGUCCCGCCCAAGUCCAGCCCCUUCCAGGACCCCUUCUUCAUCGUGGAGACCAUCUGCAUCUGCUGGUUCUCCUUCGAGCUGCUCAUGCGCUUCAUCAGCGCCCCCAACAAGGUGCACUUCUUCAAGGACAUCAUGAACAUCAUCGACUUCCUGGCCAUCAUGCCCUACUUCGUCACCGUGGGGACGGAGCUGGCCAAAGACAAGGGCACCCAGCCCUCCGUGUCCCUGGCCCUGAUCCGGGUCAUCCGGCUGGUGAGGGUCUUCCGGAUCUUCAAGCUCUCGCGCCACUCCAAGGGCCUCCAGAUCCUGGGCCAGACUCUGAAGGCCAGCCUGCGGGAGCUGGCCCUGCUCAUCUUCUUCCUCUUCAUCGGGGUCAUCCUCUUCUCCAGCGCCGUGUACUUCGCGGAGGUGGACAGCCCGGACACGCUCUUCACCAGCAUCCCCGAGGCCUUCUGGUGGGCGGUGGUCUCCAUGACCACCGUGGGCUACGGGGACAUGUGCCCCGGGACGGUGGGCGGGAAGCUGGUGGGCUCCAUGUGCGCCAUCGCCGGCGUGCUCACCAUCUCGCUGCCCGUGCCCGUCAUCGUGUCCAACUUCAGCUACUUCUACCACCGGGAGAUGGAGUGCGAGGACACGCGGGAGUACCACCACGUCUCCACCGCCGUCUGGGAGAAGGACGGCGAGGAGGAGGAGGGGGGGGAGGAGGAGGAGGGCGAGGAGGAGGACCCCGAGUACCCGGGGGAUUACGCGCCGCUGCCGCCCUGCCCCCCCCCCAACGGGACGCUGCCCGCCGCCGACCAGAGGCUCCACCCCCAACAGCCUCUGGUCACUCAGGUCUAG